UGUAUAUUUUCGUGGUGGGGCACUGGGUGGCUGAGGAUCAGUUCUAGGAAACGAAUCUUCUUGAAUUUCCUUCUUCUCCUUUCUCGUGGGUAGUUUCUGAUGGCCACUUCAAUGGGUCUUCUUCGAAUUCGGGUUCGGAGAGGCAAGAAUCUUGCCGUGCGUGACACCGUCAGCAGCGACCCUUUUGUUGCUGUCACCAUGGGUGAACAGAAAUUGAAGACUCGUAUGGUGAAAAACAACUGCAAUCCUGAAUGGAACGAUGAGCUGACUCUUUCUAUUGAAGAUCUUAAUGUUCCUAUCAUUCUAACAGUUUAUGACAAAGACACAUUCACUACAGAUGACAAAAUGGGUGAUGCAGAGAUAGACAUUAAACCAUAUGUCGAGUGUCUGAGGAUGGGCUUGAAGAGCCUCCCAAAUGGCGAAGUAGUGAAGAGAGUUCAGCCAAGCAGGACAAACAGUCUUUCUGAGGAGAGCUGUUGUGUUUGGAACAAUGGAAAAAUUGUCCAGGACAUGUGUCUCAGGCUGAGAAACACAGAGAGUGGGGAAGUGGCGAUUCAACUUGAGUGGAUUGAUCUUCCAGGUUGUAAAGGUUUGUCAAUUGAGUAGCUGCUAAUGUUGCAUAAUACUACUUACUCGCUGUAAUGAACAAUUAAUGACUUAUCUGCCGUAGCAACUAUAACCUCACAACUUGGUGUGUUCGUAUUAUUGCCUCUGAUUUUCUUGUAAAAAUAAUUAAAUGGCAUAUAUGUAUGUAUUAUAUUUGAA